AUCUCAGAGCGUUUUGCGGAAAAUUGACCUUGAAGGUAUAGUAAACCUCCACCAAUAAGCAUAUUUAUAUGCAGAGUUAAGUCGGUUGCUUGUAUUUCAAGGGUACACAGGACUUAAGUUGCAGUUGCUUAACAAGUAUAAGAGAAUAAGAACUAUGAGUCAGAUACUACAAGUCCACGCUUUCCUCGAACAUUCUUUCCCAAAGAAUGAGAACUUAAUCCCGGACUCCCUAAAACAUGAUUUAAUUCACCAACGAACCCAGAUCCCGUAUCAUAAUAUCCCGAUACAUAGAGAUGGUAUGACGGGGAAAGUAGUGGAUCCUGAUGUUAAUUUUAAACGGUCAUGUGCUACGGCUACAUCUCAUGGAAUAAAUACCACUAACAUCAGAGUGGAACCAACAAUUAUGAAAUCCAUCCAUGAGAUUAGCAAACAGGCUCUUCGUUCAACCAAAACGGAGUUUAAUCUAUGGAGUUGUAUACGCAAAUCACCUGACAGUUCUGAUGAUUUACCAACUGUCCCUAGUAUAAUUGAUGAACUAUUGAGAAAGGCUUCUGAGGAUGUUGUUCAGAGUUGGUGUUUUCCGAAAGGGUAUUUUCUUCGACUAACAGCUCAGAUAAAUGAAGCGGGAACUUUCUUACUACCUAAAAGAGAAACGAUCACGUUUCUUAAAAGACGAAUAAGGAGCUGCAAAUCACGUGAAUCCUAUGCUAAAGAAGAGGAUACUUCAACACCACUCCCGACCUUGACAAAAUUAAUUCAGAAUCCAGCACUAAAUUGGGAUUUUGAACUUGACACAUUUCAAAAACGUGCAAUCCUUUGUCUUGAAAACAACGAAACAGUAUUUGUUUCAGCACAUACAUCAUCCGGUAAAACGGUGGUUGCAGAAUACGCCUGUGCUAUUUGUUUACGUCGUGGGUCACGUGUUGUCUACACAAGUCCAGUUAAAGCACUUUCCAAUCAGAAAUUUCAUGAGUUUAGGGAAAGAUUUGGUGAAAAUGUUGGACUGAUUACUGGAGAUAUCAAACUAGCUCAAGAAGCAUCAUUACUUAUCAUGACCACUGAAAUAUUAUAUAAUAUGCUGUGUAAUGCAUCUGAGAUUAUCAAAAAUCUUGAAAUUGUAAUCUUGGACGAGGUACAUUAUAUUAAUAAUCCAGAUAGAGGUUACGUAUGGGAACAGAUUAUGAUAAUGCUUCCUAAGCAUAUUUUACUGGUGAUGUUAAGCGCCACUGUACCAAAUAGUUUUGAAAUAGCUGAUUGGUUAGGACGUGUAAGAGGUUGCGAAAUUCAUGUUAUUGCAACAGAUAAACGCCCAGUCCCACUGGAACAUUACCUAUAUACUAGCAUGACGGAGCAAUAUACAUCCCACCUUCACCUCAUUGUAGACAAAGAUGGUCGCUUUAUAGAUUCAGGUUAUCAGACAGCGGCUUUGUCGAAUAGUAGUCGAAGACCAUAUCGUUCCCCUGCUUGUAGCUGGAAAGACGCUUUCCUUAUACAAACUAAAAAUACGUGGCUUGGAUUUGUUAAUUUACUAAAAGAACAAAAUCUUAUGCCUGCGAUAGCAUUUGCAUUCUCUAGAUCAUCCGUUGAAACAUUAGCUAAAAAUCUAUCAUCAGUAGAUUUAACAAGUAAAUCUGAAAAACAACAAAUUACUAAGUUUUUCUCUACAAUUACUGGUCGCUUGAGAAAAUGUGAUCGAAAACUUGCUUCAGUUAAAUUUCUUCAUGAUUUAACUAGACGAGGACUAGCUGUUCAUCAUAGCGGGAUGUUACCUAUAUUAAAAGAAACUGUAGAACUUUUAUUUAGAGAUGGAUUAGUGAAAAUUCUUUUCGCUACCGAAACAGUUUCUACAGGAGUUAAUACACCUGCACGUUGUGUAGUUUUUACGUCGCUUGAAAAAUUUGAUGGUCAGAGUAGACGUCCUUUGGAUCCAAGUGAAUUUACUCAAAUGGCUGGCCGAGCAGGUCGCCGUGGUAUAGACGCUAAAGGUCUUGUAAUUAUUUUGGUUAGUACUAUUGGUAAAUCAUUAAAAUCAUCUGUCACUGGUCUACCGACUGAAAGUCUUUUGCGAAAUAUGAUACUUGGAAGACAAACAGAAUUAAUUUCAAGAUUCAGGGUCACGUAUUCUAUGAUUUUAAAUUUACAUCGAUCAUCUUCACUAACUCCACAGGAUAUUAUGAAGCGUAGUUUUAUGGAAGCAGCAAGUCAUCGAUGGGAGACCAAAAAAAGACAACAUUUAUCGGUACUAAAUAAAAAGUUAAAUGAAACUACUACAAUAAUUUCACACAAUAAUAAUAUUAGUAAUAUUAUCACCCAGGUAUCAAACAUUACAAUGUCAACAUCCAUUGAAGGUACUAGUGAUUUGUUUAAAUCUCUGAUUGACAGUCUUGAUGUACAAGUUAAAUGUCCACAUAAUGGAGUUGAAUGCUGUGAUUCUAUAGAUCAAUACUAUCAAUUGUGUUACAAAUAUCGCCAACUAACAAAUUCAAUUAUUUCUACACUUGAUGUAAAAUACGCACAACAUUUACAGCAAAUUUUUUGUCCCGGUCGUUUAAUACUGCUCCAAUUUAUGAUAAACCAGUCUGUUUGGUUAGUACCAGCUGUUAUUAUAAAUUACCAUUGGACAAAAAGGAAUAAAGAUUCUGGAAAUCAAAUAAUGCUCAAUGUUAUUCAAUGGACACUACCUAUCAAUUUACCAAAUUCGUUGACACAGGAAGAGAGACAGUCCUCCUCAUCAGAAUUAGUAUUAGUAGUAUCUGGAAGCGAUACUAUCACAUCUGAACAAAUCAAUAAUAACAAAAAUACUAAUUACUAUGAAUAUGAUGAAAUUGAAGAGAAAAUUCUACGUCAUUCCAUUAAUGAAGAUAGUUUUAAGGCUACCAGUACAGUACCAGUUCCACCACAUUUAAUGCCAGUUUUUGUACCAUCUUCAUUAGACGAUGGAUAUUCACGUUUAACACGUCAAUCAGUCUCAUUAAGUGAUUCGCUUGUGAGAAUCUGUGAUCAAAUUGUUACCUUUCAAGAUAUGAAAUGCAAUUUUAUUGAUAACAAUAAUUCGAAAUCACAUUCGAGUAUUUUAGAACUUCUAUUACAAAGCAUUAAACAAAUUAAUAUUAGUCGAAAAGAUGAUGCUAAAUUAUUAUCUGUCAAUGGCAAUGACCAUCGGUUUGAUAUUUAUUUACAAGUUAUUAAUUCGGCACUUUUUAAUUGUGUAAAUUCAAUAGUACCACAAGAGUCAUCAUUAAAAUCUGCAGUUCACUAUACUACUCUAAGAAAUGUACCAAAACAAAUGGAUUUUAAAAAGGAUUCAAACCUUGUAAUGGAUGAAGAGGUGAAUGACCUAUUUUUUUAAAUUUUUGGUCUUUUUCUUCAAUGUUUCGGAAGUCAGAAUUAAUCUAUAUGAUUUAUUAAUCUCAGUAGUAAGAACUUGAAUUCCAUUGUUAAUAUUCUUAACCGAAUUUUAAUCAAUCCUGAACAGUAACAAUAGAAUAAUUAGACCAUUUAUUAGAAAUAUUAUGCAACUCAGUGGAUUUCUCAUUAGAAUUUGAAAGGUACUAUAUUCGACUCUAAAUAUGAAUGUCAACGCGGUCAUUAAGGUGCAUCUAGAUGAAGAUUUCUAAAUAAAGUAAAACAUGCCUUCCAGGUUCCACUGAUACCGAAUACUUAUCUGUUUUAAAUAACGUAUGUGCUGUUGUGGUCGAUAUUCAAUAUAAUUGAUAUGACGUCGAGAAUGAUAAUGAUUGGCUGUUUUGCUUAGUCAGACUUGUAGGUAAUCUGACAGAUGUAAGGUGAUUUAUAUAUUCUCCUGUCCUUAUUAUUAUUAUUGUUGAUUGUCCAUUUGUUGUUGGAUUGUAUCGGUUCGGUGUGGAAAUAUAUAUUUACGUUCUUGUCAGGCUAAUCACGUAUCCUUGAUCUGAGUUGUGUCGAAGUCCUUUAGAGUAGACACUGGGAGAGAAUUUAGUGUGGAUAUUCGUCUAAGGCAAAUUAAUGUCCCAUUCACGUAUACAUGAAAACGGACUGUUAUAACAAUUGUCCUUAAACUUCAUAUACAUUUCGUCCUGAUAACCGUCGCUAGAUAAUGCCCCAACGGUUUAUUAAUCAGAAGGCGAAUACGAAGUGUUGAGUAAGUUUAUUAUUGCGCUACUUACAGAUUACCAAAAUUGCAGGUACAUUAAGCAACCAUGAAAGAGUAGCGUUGAAAAGCGAGCGAUCAAGCGAGUGAGCCGACAGGAUUAAAAUGUACAUCUUUACGCAUAGUGAAAUGAAUAAUCAUCGAACCAACUAAGCGACCAAUAGUGUGGCUAGCAGAAUGAAUAUAUGCGUAGGCAGUAAACAAUAUUCAGGCAUGCACAUUCACGUAAGCAUUGCAAUAAUAAAGGUACAAUGGUAUAGAUAAGUUGUUAUUGUACGAAUGACUGUCCGUUAAAUAAGUUAAAAAAAGGCUUAACCAAACUGAAUGUGAACAGAUUCAAUCGCACGUGAGCAAUAUCCUUUAUUGUCCAGAUCACACCUCUUAGUGAACUAUUGAGUUACCAUUAGUGUUACAGAGAUGAGGAUACCUCACCAACACUUAAUUUAGAAAAAAAAGAUUAGAGAUUUCAAUGAAUUGAUACUAUGUAUGAUUCCUCUAACCAUUCAGUUUUAUCAUUACUAUACUACUGAACAACUUCUUAUAAAAAUGGAAGAUAACAUAAAUCCACUAACAAGUAAGAAACGUUAAAUAACAUGAGAAAUCAUUUUGUAUCAUAUAAGUAUUUGGAUGUUAUUGCGUCACCAAGACCUAGGAGAUAUAAUUGACUUCGUUACUGGCAUUCCGUGAAAUACUUUCAAAUGUUUUUCUUUAACUAGAUCGCUGAAAUACUAGGUUUGUCGAAUAUUUCUAGAAAGUAUUUUUAUUAUGGUUGCAGUGCACAUGCUUUUAAAGCAUUUGAAAUGAAAAUCACUUUGACACCUUGUUGAUUAAAAUAUUUCUUCCUUGAAACCAUAAUGUUUAAACGAGAGCAUAAUAACAUUUCUGCAAACUUCAUGUUAUCCCGUACGUCUAUUUAGAAGAACUAGGGGAUAGCAUAUUUAGACGGAUGUUUCGAAAGUGCCUGGGAUUUUAGUGAAUUUCACUUUGAAUGAGUCUUAAACGUUAGAAAUAUGCCUUUCUUUAGAAUAAAAAAAAACCAUACUCAGCAUUCUUCAUUAAAUAUAUUCCCGAAAAUAUUGUCCUGUCUAUGCGUCUUCUUUGAAUACGACACACUUUAGUUCAUCCCAGCUUAUCUAUUGAAAAAAAAGCAAAGUGGAAUAUAGAUCUUUAAAUGAAAUGCUCAGUAAAAACUAUGCGGCAUUCACUCACUAAGUGAAUGACGGAAUCCCUAAUGUUGCACUCAUGUUGAACAUUGAAAAAGAUAUGCUCUACAAACUGACGUAUAUUUCCUAUCAGGUUUGCCUUGUAACAUAACUAAUCUGGAGAUCUUUCGGUGUCUAUUUACCUCGGAAUUUAAAAACUCAAGUUAUUGUCCUACUGUAACUACGGUAGUACCGAGAUAUUUUAAUACAUGUUCUAUUGUUAAAAUGUUCAAGGGUCUCACCAAUUAUUCGAGUCGGCUUAAUCUAAAUUUGGGACAUCGUUAUUUCGGUGGUUUUUGAUAGCUUAAACAAUGUUUCCUUUAGCUUCAGACAACUAUGUGCGUGAUUAGUUUUGUUUUACAAUUUUCUAACAUCCAUAUCCAAUUCAUGUUCGCACCAUCGAUUUGUUAUUCAUGUGGGCGUAAAUGCACACAGUUAAAUAAAGCACCCAAACAGCUAUGAGAGUAAUAUAUAUAUAUAUAUAUAUAUAUAUAUGCAGGAAUUUUCAUUUCUUAUUGGGUCCAUAUUUGUCACUUGUGUGGCUUAUUGUCAUUAUGUUAAAACUACUAAAACUUGGAAUGUCCAUAUUCUAGUUCAAACACAAACGCUAUUUGAUUUCCUAUCGUUUGGACAACAUGUACAGUCACUAAAAUCUGCUUUUUCAAAGUGCGGUAUAUAUGUUGGUUUUUUCGCUCGACUCAGUUCGAGUAUACCAAAACUUUAAACAGUAUACUUUGUCCUCCGUUAGAACAAAAAGACAAUUAAGUAAGAAGGCCUAGUCAUCUACGUGAGUUAUGAUGCACACAAAUCAUGUUUAGAGACGUUUGUUCUAACAGCCCAGAAAAAGGCAUAUAGUCUGAGACCUUGAAUAGCUUCCUACAAUAGCGCGUCCUGUUUACAAAUUUCUACUUAUCUUUUGUGUUUUAGAUGAUAUGUUAGCCGCUCUGUUUAUAUACAAACACAUGACUCGUCUUAAACUUUACCAGCCAACCAACAGCACACACAGAUAUUACCAGACGGGUGAAAAAAGAUAUAUUUUUCAUGUUUUUUUGGUUUAUAAGAUAAUCAUGACAGACAUAGAUAAUCACAGGAAAAAUGUACACAGUUUGCUACAGUUUAAAUGUAAUUUUGAGUUUCAGAUAAAUUUAUCCACUCGACCAAACAAUAUUAAAAGUAGGAUGAAAUCAUAGUGACCUGAACGGCAGGUGUAUGAAAAUUUUGUAUUGCCUCUCUCACAUUUCCUCCAGCCGAUGUACUAAAGUGUAUAAGGACGUUGUCAGUUUCCCAUAAAUCUUAUCUCAGCAUAGAUAAAAUAGUCAAACAUUCGUAAUUGGCGGCCUUCUUGAACAUCUGGGACACCUGUUUCUGCAAUGUGGAUAUUCCAACAAGUUGUUUGUUUGUGCUUGUUCUGACACAUCAUUAUGUUUAUUAAUCUCAGAACCGAAUAAUGUGCGUUUAUAAAACGUCUACAACCUUCCGCUGUACAAGUUGCAAAAAUAGCCCAAUCAGAGACAUCGUGGUUGCUGGAAGUAUGUAGCGAAAAGAAUAUACAUUAUUUAGUCGUCGAUUCCUGGACUGCUGACUUCUACCUGGCGACCACUCAAUAUUUAUCGCAAGGAUCGAUCCAGAAAUAAGAAAAGGAAACUUGUUGAAAUACUCUUUGUUGAGAAUUCUAUAUUUUACCAAAAGUAUAAUAUUGAUCAAAGCUAAUAAUAAUAAUAACAGUAAUAAUAGUAGUGACAGUAAUAAUGAACAUGGUUAUUGUUCGUAGAUUUAACUCUAUUGCAGUUAAACAAUAGAUAAUUUAAUACCUUAAUUUACGAUAAUGUAGUUGGAAAUCUAUAACCAAAAUGAUUCAGAUUCUUUAAUUAAUUAAUUAACUGAAUUAUUUCCAUUGAAAUCCUCAACAUCGGUAUUAUUCCAUGCUUUUCAAUUUUGUUCCUAUCAGGUUUUCCUAUUUUCUGUAUAAAAUUAUGUCUCAUAUCGGUUUCCGUCAUUGAUGCACAGUUUUAAUUGCUUUCCGUUUAGUCUAUAAACUGAUAGUUGUAGUGUGAUAUUGAAGGGCUCAAAUAUUUGUCAAAGUUGAAAUCUCCACAAAUCCCCUUCAAAUAUUUGUGUUAAGAAAUUCCUUAAAUUUAGUUUUUAUGUUUACUGAUAUUCAUUAAACUACCACCAAAAUCCGAGAAACACUGAAUUUACACAAUGAUGAGAAGUUUCAUAAUAUGGCAAAACAUUUAUACAAUGCUUUCUGGUUGUCAAUAGGGGUCCAACGAAGAUCAGCAUAUGAUAUGUGAUCUAUGACCAUCACACAUUCUUCAUACAUUUUGCUGAAAGAUAUACUAUUUAAAUUGAAAAUCAGUGUCAUCACCAUAUGAUAGACUGAUUUGUUUUCAAUAAAUGAAUUUUUUUGUUAUAUGAAUGAGCGAAAUUCGUUCAAACAAAAAUAAAGUUUAUUGGUAAACACCAAUGAUAAGGUAUCAGUGGGGCAUAAAUUGGAUUAAAGUACGUUCCGUGCAGGAUUAUGUUGGGGUACGCUGAUUGGCUAUUUCUUAUCCAAUCAACACUAGUGGAUACUUGGAGAAGACUCGAAAAUCUUAUAUAAAAACCAUAAAUAUGCCAACAUUUUUGUUAUUGUGAUCCCUACCUCCAUCCAACCUUUUUAUCUGAAGCAUAGUUACUUUCCUGUUCAAAAGUGUUCUGGUUUGGGAAUUUGUCGAGUGAAGUAGUGUCCCAGACUUCUAAACAUUAAAAGUAGCUCGGUCGUAAUAAGAUAAUAAUAACAUUCAGUGAUACUUGAUUAACUGUUUCCAAUUCCAGUUUGCUAACAUUGUUAUGUGGUCUACAGUCAUUGUAUGUUACUGCCUAUACGGAGUUGUUCCUAUUCAGUUUCUGACUGCUGUUUGGACUAUAAAGUUAUCCUGAAAAUUUCAUCUUCUCUAUAUCGUAUUACCAUGUGAAUUAUUAACAUUGAAUUAUUGGUGUGGUUAAUGUGUCCGGUCUAUUCGACUUUUUAUUCAUAGUGUCGUAUUAGAAGAACCACUUAUCAUUUGUAAAUAGAAGUUACCAUAGGUCAACCGAAAACCCUAAUACCUUAACGGUUAUUUCCGAUAUGUAACAAACAGUACUCGAGGAUUUUGGAAAAGUUUGAAAAUCAACGUACAAUAUUAUCUAGAGGAUGGGUAUAGAGUAGACGUGUACCUUGUCAACAUUUGAAGGUAUCAAAAUCUCUUAUAAAUAGUGCAUUCUACUGUGUUAUCUGGAAACACUAAUAGGCGUAUUCGUCGUAGCAUGAUUCAUUGUAACUAAACUUUACUGAAUUCAUUGUUUGUGACAUUUUUCGCUUUCAAUUUACAGAGUUCCUUAAUUGAAACAUUUUUAAUGAAUCAAUGAACAAUCUGCGACAAAUACGCAAUCUGAGUUUUUUUUAAAUAAAAUAUAAUUAUCUUUGUAUAACACAAGUGAGCAUUUAAAGAUCUGCAUCUAAGACUGCGUAAUCAUUAAUUAAAGUGAUCAAUAUAAUACAUUUGACUUUUUGAUUAUUUUAAUUAGCAUCUUUUAAUUAAGUAUAUCUGUAAACUUAAUGACGAAUUCUUCUCCGGAGAUGUUUAUCAACUCUUGCUGCAAUAAAUUAACUUCAUCAUCAUGUCACUUGUUAUUUAGUAAUAUCAUCUUAUCUUUUCCCAAUUGAUUAUCGAAUUGUAAUACUUCACAGAAUGACUAGGGAGAAAAUUACUGAAAACUAGGAAAUGGCCUGGCAGAUCGUUUAUUAUUAUGAAUCAUUGUAAAUAGCUCUUCACCAACGUUCAUCCACGUUCACAAUAGUGGUACAAAUUAGACCUCAGGCCUUGUAGCAAGCGCCAAACUAAAUAAGUGUCCACUCAUUUUAUUUUGUUUUUAGCUGUAACGAGUUCAGAAUUGGUAUUAAUCGUAUUUUAACAUCAUCCAAAGACGCGAAACUGAGAUUAAUAAAUUUUGACUACUUAAAAAGGAAAUUCAGUAGCAAAAUUAUGAUUCAUUGUUUUCAGUUAUGACAUAAUGCAUAUUUAUGUGGCUAAUGUGUAUCGAAAGCUAGCCGUAUGCUUAUUGUAUCCAUAAGUCAGUUUAUGAAAUUCUUGAUUCAAUUUCUAUCUUACAUUUAUAGAACCAUAGUAACAUAAUUACAUUCGUGAUAACAUGACGUCGCAAGAUUGUUUGUAGUUAGUUGUUUAUAAUGUAUUAUGCUUGAAAAUUUAAAAAUUACACCGUUGAACUCCUAGCAUGUUUUUCUGGUUUUAGUUAUGGACUUUUAUAAUUACCAUGACCAAACUACGCCUUAUUAUCCCAAAAGUAAUGGGUUAAAAGGGGUUCUGGUGAACAUUAUGGAACCAAUUGGUAUUUUAUUGUUUAGGUCUUAAUAAUUUUCUUUUCCUUAAUCUUAACUAAUUAAAGUGUGGUGUAUAAAUAUACCUUCAACAUGUCUACGUAGCCGAGUAUAAGUGGUUAUAAACCUUAAGGGGUUUGCAAUUGUUUAAAAACAUUACAGAUUUUUUCGUUUUCAUAUUUUUAAACUUUUGUACAUCUCGCUGACACUUCAUGUCUUUGCAAGAGUUUUGCUUAUGGAAGUCAGGUUUCUUGAUGUUUGUUGCUGUAAGAUUUAUUCUAUUUGUUUCCAAGUAAUGAUUUGUACAAUAAUAAAUUAACUAUCUUAUUUCUCUUUCAUAUGAUUUAACUUAUGUUUUGUUCGAUUAUUAGGAUGUUUGCUUAUUUGAUGAAU